CUUCUGGAGAGAGACUUGCCGGCCAUCGACACUGUGUAUUGCUGGGAAGUUUUUGCUAAGUUGAAGGCCUAGACCAGUUUGCAGAGACAUCUGGAUGCAGCCCGUGAAGAAGGACACAGGCAUGAGUGCGGCUUCUGUGACACUUGCCAGUGCCCUGCAGGUCCGGGGCGAAGCUCUGUCAGAAGAGGAAAUCUGGUCCCUCUUGUCACUGGCUGCUGAGCGGCUCCUGGAAGACCUCCGUAAUGAUUCCUCGGACUAUGUGGUCUGCCCCUGGUCACUCCUGCUUUCAGCAGCUGGGAGUCUUUCUUUCCAAGACCACGUUUCUCACAUAGAGGCUGCGCCAUUCAAGGCUCCUGAACUGCUACGGGGACCAAAUGAGGAUGAGCAGCCCGAAGCAUCACAGAUGCAUGUCUAUUCCUUAGGGAUGACUCUCUACUGGUCAGCGGGGUUUCGUGUUCCACCAAACCAGCCCCUGCAGCUUCGAGAGCCACUGCACUCCCUCCUGCUGGCCAUGUGUGAAGACCAGCCUCGAAGGCGGCGGCCACUGCAGGCCGUUCUGCAAGCCUGCCGGGUUCAUCAGGAAGAAGUGGCGGUGUACCCAGCCCCUGCCAGUCUCCACAUCAGUCGGCUGGUGGGCUUGGUGCUGGGCACCAUCUCCGAGGUGGAGAGAAGAGUUGUAGAGGAAGGUGCCUGUGAGCAGCAGAGCAGAAGCUACUUUCUCAGGAGCAAGCUGCAUCGGGCUGGCAGUGAGAGCCCUGGAGCUCGGGCCUCUGAUGGUCUGCAGCCUCGAAGAGUUUCAGAGAGAAGCACAGAGACCCAGAGCUCCUCGGAGCGACGCUGGAGUACCACAGCACACAGUCGGUGCAGCUUCGUUAAUGGUGCUUUUGCAGGCGCCGGUCCCUGUGACUGUGAGGAAGGCCUGCAGUGUGGCUCGGGGCCUAUACUCUUGGCGGAAGCAGAAAGCUCACAGCCAGCAACAUCUUCUCCAAGGAAUUUCCUACAAAGAAAGGGAAAGUUCUCCAGACCAGAGUUCAUCCUGUUGGCCGGCGAGGCCCCGGUGACCCUACAUUUGCCUGGAUCCAUUGUGACCAAAAAAGGGAAGUCCUACUUGGCUCUCAGAGACCUCUGUGUGGUCUUGCUGAGUAGACAGUGUCUGGAGGUGAAGUGUGACAUGGAGUCCACAGCAGGAGCUGUCUUCAAUGUUGUCAUGUCCUUCAUCAACCUUGAAGAGACCACCUACUUCGGUUUGGCUUAUGUGAAAGGCGAAGAGUUCUUUUUCCUGGACAAGGACACCAGAUUGUGCAAAGUUGCCCCAGAAGGCUGGAGAGAACAGCACCCGAAAGGUUCCAUGGAUACUUUGACUCUCUUCCUGCGGAUAAAGUUCUUUGUCAGUCACUAUGGGCUGCUCCGGCACAGCCUGACAAGGCAUCAGUUUUACCUGCAGCUUCGGAAAGACAUUUUAGAAGAGAGGCUGUACUGUGACGACGAGACGCUGCUGCAGCUGGGGGUGCUUGCCCUGCAGGCUGAGGUCGGCAGUUAUCCUAAGGAGCAGGUGGAGAGUAAAACAUAUUUCCGAAUUCAAGAUUACAUACCGGCAAGGCUUAUUGAGCGAAUGACAGCAAUCCGGGCCCAAGUAGAAAUCUCCGAGAUGCACCGGCUCAGUUCUGCACCUUGGGGAGAAGAUGCUGAGCUGGAGUUCUUAGAGAGAAAAAAGCUCACCGUCACCAGCAGCAUCACUGGAAAAAAGUACACCUUUGUCACCGACUCAGCCAAGACCUGUGAAUACCUGCUGAGCCUGUGCUCUGCCCAGCACUGGUUUAAUGCACAGAUGAGCUCCGGGCAGCCUCCGCAUCUUUUCAGUGAUCAGUUUAAGUUUGUACAAACAGCCAACUUGCAUUCUGCACAUCAGACACAGACCGACCCUCUCACUUGGGUUCAGAAACUGUCAUCCUCGGAAAACGAGCUGUGUGUACCCAGGUUGCAGAAUGCCACGGGAGGCCGACUGAGCACAUCCGUGGAGAGCAUGCAAGGCAGCAAGAAGAUUGGCAUGGAGGGAAUCAGAAACAGCCCUUACACUGGCCGAGAGCAGCUGAACAGCGUCAGUUUGAUCCAAAAGCCAACUCAAAAUCUCUCUGGGACAGCUGUUCAGAGCAUGCGCACAGAGUCACAGAACAGCUGGAGGAAGAGCUGUGCGGAGGAACCCAACCCAGACAUCGUGUGUGUGACAUUGAAGCGUGAUCCACAUCGUGGUUUUGGUUUCGUCAUUAAUGAGGGAGAAGACGCAGACCAAGCAAAGCCAGGCAUUUUCAUAUCUUCCCUUAUACCUGGGGGACCAGCAGAAAAGGCUAAAAAGAUCAAACCAGGAGGGAAGAUACUAGCCUUAAAUCACAUUAGCCUGGAGGGCUUCACAUUCAACAUGGCUGUUAGAAUGAUCCAGAAUUCUCCUAACAACAUAGAAUUAAUCAUCUCUCAGUCAAAAGGUGUUUGUGGAAAUAGUUCCAGUGAAGAAAAGAACAGCACAACAAGUUCUGGCAUGUUCUGUACAGACAUCCUGAGCAAUGGGCACCAGGGAACAGAGUCAGCACACACAUAUGACCAGGACAGAAACAUCAGAGGACCGGAAUUGGCUCAGGCCGCUGCUUAUUGUCCUCCAUCACCUCUAGAAACCAACGCUGGUGAAAUCUACUUCGUGGAGCUCGUUAAAGAAGAUGGAACACUUGGAUUCAGCGUGACUGGUGGCAUUAAUACAAGUGUACCUCAUGGAGGAAUCUUCGUGAAAUCCAUCAUUCCUGGAGGCCCGGCUGCCAAGGAAGGACAGAUCCGACAGGGUGACCGGCUCCUGCAGGUGGAUGGAGUGAGUCUAAGUGGCCUCACUCACAAGCAGGCUGUGCAGUAUCUCAAGGGUCCUGGGCAGGUGGCACGGCUGGUCUUAGAGAGGAGAGGCCCCAGGGCUGCACCACAGUGUCCUUCUGAUGAUGACAGGAUGGGAGAUGAGCACGUGGCUGUUUCCCUGGUAACAGCCAGGUCUGGCAGACCUGUCAUCUCAGUGACGGAUGGUCCUAAGUUUGAAGUCAAACUGAAGAAGAAUAGCAGUGGUUUGGGAUUCAGUUUCGUGCAUAUGGAGAGAGGAAACUGCAGCCACCUCAAGAGCGACCUCGUAAGGAUUAAGAGGCUCUUUCCUGGACAGCCAGCUGAAGAGCAUGGAGCCAUUGCAGCUGGUGACAUUAUCCUGGCAGUGAAUGGAAAGUCCAUAGAAGGCCUUGCCUUCCAGGAAGUGCUCCAUUUACUGCGUGGGGCUCCAGAGGAAGUGACUCUCCUCCUCUGCCGACCCCCUCCUGGGACACUACCUGAGAUGGAGCAGGGAUGGCAGACCCCUGAACUAUCAGCAGACCAAAGAUUCACCAUGGCAACGUGCACUGAAUCAGAGCAGAGCCCCAGCCUAGAUCAAGAGGACAGCUGGAGGGACAGUGCUUCCCUGGACACAGGGGAGGGCCUGGCUCCCAGGCCAGAGUCUUCCUACAAGGCUGUCAGAGAGGCGAAAGGGGACCAAAACAGGCAGGGAGCCUGGGCCAGGUCCUUGAUGCACCCUAUGGAAUCCCAUCCUCAUGUGUGCAAACUCCACCAGGAAGCAGAGGCCCCAGCGUUGGCUACCUCUUUGGAAAAGGAUAUGAGACAGAACUGCUAUUCUGUGUGUGAUAUCAGGAGACUGGGAAGAUUUUCCUUCUCAUCUUCUCUAACCAGAUUAGCAACAGAUAUUUUCUGAGUGGCUCUCUGCAUGUCUGCAGUGCUGUGCGAAACCCCCUGCUGUCUGCAGUACUGCUCUGUCUCAUCCAAGGCGUGUGUGGCUGUCCCGGGUCCUCCCUGGAAGGCUGAAUCUCUCUCUCACAUCUGUGUGUGCAUCGCCAGAUAAUGAGCCUCACCGGUCCUCUGCCUCCUGUGUCCUUCUUUUGACAUGGGGACUAAAUGUCACUCCAGCAGGCUGCCUAUCUAAACAGAGACUUUAUCAGUGCUUAGAAAAGGGCCCGGUGUUUUCACAAAGUGCUUUGAAGGUCGCUCCUAGCUAGCCUCCAUGGGCUCUUUCCUCUAAUCUGGCUGCUGAAAUAGUUCAAACCAUCGGAGUAAAAAUAACAGCAUCUCACUGAUGGCAAACUCACCCCGUGCCAGGAGUCCUGGAAGGCAUAUAAUGUAUAGCAAUCGUUUAAUUAAAACAUUCUAACAGUCCUAACAAUUUCCCAACCUUCCAGUGUUUCAGAUAAAAAAACAAAAAACAAACCUAAGAUUGCAGACAAGCAGUAAACCUACCCAGGGUCUCAGUGUAAAAAGCAGGUCCCACAGCUGACCCCAGCUCACAGCUUGGCCUGCACUGCUGUGCCUUCCAGCAGCUCCCCGACGGGCUCCUGGGUUUCAUAUGCUGAGCUGCCUCUGCUUGCUGCCCACGCUGUAAUAUUUCUGCGCUGCUCUUGUUCUCAUUAGCUUGAGACGUUCACCAGUUCAGGGACCAUAUUAUGUGCUGUUUGCAUCCUGAUGCCCUGGGCAUCCUCUGGGCAAGAGCUGUUUGAACCUGGCCGGGUCUUAGGUGAUGAACUAGGAUGAGGAUUUUGAGAGGCAAGAAGAAGGGGGGCCAGGGAUUUCUGGUGGAGGCUGCACGACACACAAGUUUCUGUUUUUUAGUCCUGGAUUGGACACAUGUUUUCUACACGAAACCUCUUCCCUCACCUCGGACGAUGAAGAAUACCUGACCCUCAACUCCACGUUCUCAGGCCAGCCGCCCUGUGAAGAAUGUCUAGAGGCCGAUUCGGAAACUAUUCCUCU